AUGGGGGUCCUCCGCACGGUUGCUCUUGUUAUCUUGGGCAUCUCUACCUUCACUUUCAUUGCCCUUUUUGGCCGGCUACCCGCCUUUAGGAAAACACCCAUUGCCUUUCUAUAUCGGCUGUUAUGGGUCUAUCUUCCUAAUGGGAUCGCCUACCUCGACUCGCAUCUGCUGGGUGGCUGGCUGGUCAGAGCGUGGAGCCGGUCUGGCAGAUAUGUCUUGCAUGAAAAUCAUCCUCUGGUUCUUAUCUUCUUCGUGGGCUUGCUUGCGGUUGGGGAGUGUGUCUUUCUACCGGCUGCAUGGCCUCGGAUGUCUAGUACUCACCAUUUCUGCGUCCCUGGAGUUGUCAUUUUACCAUACAUCUUUCUAUACCAGUGUGUGGUAACCAAGUCCUUCGUCACCUCCGAUAACCAUGAAAAAGAGAUGAAACGGUAUCCGUAUGACUACGUUCUCUUCCACCCAGGCCAUCGUUGUCGCACCUGCAAUUUUGUCAAGCCAGCACGCAGUAAGCAUUGCAGCUUCUGCCAGGCCUGUGUAUCCCGACAUGACCACCACUGCGUGUGGUUGAUGAAUUGCGUCGGGGCCAAUAAUUACGUUUACUUCCUAUCGCUGCUUCUCUCUGUGUCGGUACUAUUGAUCUAUGGUACCUUACUUGGAUACUCGCUUCUCUGUCAGACUUUGCGACACUUCAUUCCACUGGACAUCCAGGCAGCCAUGAAAGGGUGGACGAUGUACUUCCACGUCUGGUCGAUUGUCCUCACUAGGGACCCGAAGAUUGGCACAGUCACAUUACUGAUGCUCAUGACAGCACCGCUGGCGGCUGCGUUUCUGGCUUAUCAUACGUACCUCAUCUGGGCGGGUAUGACGACGAAUGAGAGUGCCAAGUGGUCUGACUGGAAGGAAGAUAUCGCGGACGGAUUGGUUUUUAAGGGCAAACGGAGUCAGAUCCCAGGCGCCCCUGCACACGUCGACCUUGGUGAUCAACCGUGGCCAGUGCAAACCGAUCAGAUCCUGGUCACUGAUAGUGGGCCUCCAUUGGAAGGCUGUCUUCUUGAGGACACCUCCAACCGAGUUCAUUACCGUGGUGACGCAAAUAAACCAAGGACAGUUGACCCGCGAUGGACAGAACUUCACAACAUGAGUGAUCUUGACAACAUCUAUGACCUAGGGUUUCGAAAAAACCUCAUAGAUGCCUUCGGCCUACCAGUCCGAGAGAAACCGCUAUGCACACCGGCGGAACUCAUGCUGAAGGUGAUUCUGGCCGGAACGUUGAGCCACUAUGAGACCCGCGGGAUGAUCGACGACAAGCGUCUGGAGCACAUGCUAGCCUCUGGAAAGCAAAUCCUCUACAAGACGCACCAGGAAAGUGAGGUUCGACACAACUUGGGCAUGUCCCCCGACAUCUGGGUUGGCCUCACAGACGUGCUUACCAAGGCGAUUCCGGUUCUCGAGUCGCAGUCUUUCGCGUGGAAGAGUCCCAGAGCAGCACUUGAACACUCAUCAUCAAACCUCAUCGCCUACAACUAUUUUUCGUUGGUGAAAGACAUCGAGCGCCUCAAUGACCUGUGCACCAUUGCGCGGAAUCUGCUAGCGACCACAAAGAAGGCACAGAACCUGGCUGCUGAGAAGGGCUUCGAUCAGCGAAUUCUCGCACUAAUCGACACCUGUGUGCGGGUGACCGCAAGAGGAUUUGAUGGCGAAACGAACCCACGAAACGAGGAGCGCUGGCAGAAGGUUGUGAACCUGUAUAAGCGCCUUCUCAUAACCUGCCUCCAAUACCUCCACAACUUCAUCAUGCACAAUGAACACCGAAAGAUGGUUCUCUGGCUGGAUCUUUUCGGCUACCAUUCCACGGCUGACACGAACAUCAUCCAGCCCAAAGAGCCUCUGGACUCCACGGCGCGAAUUGAAGGGGUUGCGCCAAUUGUGAAGAUCGGAGAGCGCGUUAUCAAUCCUCCCAUCCGAGCGCUGUAUGACCAGACCGCUGAAGAUCUGCUGUUAGAGACCAUCGCAAAGUUCCCACGAGAGCCCUCCACAAUUAAGGAGGAAGCUGCAAUGCUACUUCUGGCGAAUAUCAAGGAUCACAUGGAGAAGAUCCUGGGGCGAGAUUUGACCGAUAUCCAGGAGAUGGGCCGCGACCCCGAGCAGGUCAAAUACAUCCGAGCUGCUUUGACUUCCAUCCUAGGCGCCAAGGUUGACGGAUGGUCCGAUCUUCAGGACAGGGCCCGUGAAUUGCCUCCUGCUCUGCCUGAGGAGGAGGAACACGAGGUCACUAAGAAGAAGACGAUCCUCACAAUUGACCGUAGCUUGACUGCUGGCUUCCCACGCCUGUGCUGGGCUGACCUACCUGAAGUCAACGAUUAUUCAGUAGAUGCACAGGUGACAGAGGAUGAUACUAGCAUGCCUCGAUCAUCCCAGUCCGCAGCUGAGACCCUACAGGAAGCUAAGGACGAAUUGAUGGCUCGGCUGCAAGAUUCUUCCCAUCUCGGUGACGAUGGUGCCGAUUACGAUCACGGCGAUGCAGGAACUGUGGGUGAAGAUGAUGCGCACAGCUUGGAGGGACAUGCGGACGGAAGUGUUGAUGGGGAUGAAGAAGAGGAUGACGAUGAUAUUGACCGAGGCGAUGACGGUGGGGACGUGGACGAUGAUGAGGAUGACGAUGACUACCGUGGUCGCCCUGGCGAUCAGCAGCGCGGCCUACUGACCGACAUUCCUCUCGUCCUGGGCCCUGCUGAAAUUGAAGCCUUGCCCAUGAUUGUGCAAGCAGGCAUCGUGGAUAGCUUUGGAUUGAAGGGCGGCGAGCGAAAUGGAUCGCGCAACAUGCAAGCCCUGAGAUGCCACAUUCUUCUCACACAGGAGACUGGCCGCAACCUGCUCCGUGAGCUCCUGAUCUUCAUUGCUGCGUGGGACCUUCCCGACGAUGAGCUCUACUUCAAGAUGAUGGUUCAGAUCAUGGAGGCUGUUCUCCGUAACGGCCUGAUGUCCCACGCAUACUCUGAUUUUGGUCAGCCCAAGGACAUCAUUUCCCCAGCCCAGGCUGUGGUGAUCAAAAUCCUGACGAACAUCUUCCGUGCCAAGUACUCCCCAGCCUCUGUUACUGGCUCCAUACAGGCCAAUGCUCCGCGAAUCCCAUCACCCCUUAGCCGCGUGGACAUUCUUACAGUGCGAUACAUCUUCACAAUCUUCCGUGGGAACAUUAUCCCGGAAACUUGCGCUCUUAUCUACCUCCAGGGCCAGAUCCGCGCCGAGCGGGCUUUGCCAGAGGACUUCCCACUCAACCUGUGGGACAUGGAGCGCGUCUACGAGGGCGUGUACCAAUUCCUUGAGUUUUUCGCUGUGCUCACAGAGAACAAUGACUGGAAGAACCUCCUGGUGAAGUGGGAGAUCGUCUACGACCUGGUCACCCUCAUCAAGGAGCUGGAAGCUAGCAUCCCCAAGGGCCAGCUGAGCUCCCUUUCCUUUGGUUCUGUUCCUCCGCCGCCCCCUCCGCCUCGUAGCACCUCUCCUAGCGACCCCUCCAAGCCUGCGUCACCUACGCCCGUGGCUGUUGAGCGUCCCUAUGACCCUAGCGAUCCUGCAGACCCUCUUGACAGCGGUGCAGGCAGUGUGGACUCCCGCCCUGAUUCUCCCCCCAUCACGGAGGAUCCCUCCGAAUUUGAGUGGCGCAAUCUCAAGAAGCUUGUCGUUCUGGUACUAUCCUCGCUGGUCUGGAAGUGCCCCGACGUCCAGGAGCAGAUCCGUCGCUAUGGUGGCGUAGAAGCCAUCUUAAGCUGUACUGCUUUUGACAGUCAUAAUCCUUACAUCAAGGAGCAUGCUGUGAUGUGUCUGAAGUUCCUGCUGGAGGGCAAUCGCGAAAACCAGCGUCUGGUCGAGGAGCUUGAGGCUCGAGAGGUGGUCAAGGAUGACGGUGGCGUGCUGGAACGGAGUGGUUAUGAAGCUAUGAUUGACCAGGCGGGCAAGCUCGCUAUCCGGACUAAGGAGACUUCUCCAUGUUCCUCUUCAUGA